AUGCGGCGGCCACGGCACUACCGGAAGAAGAUGUGGUCGUUCUGGAGCGCGCAGCCGUUUGGUUGUAGCUGCCACCUCGGGCGGACCACCACGACUGUCUACUUGAUUCUACCACUCGCUGCCAUUUUCCAUUUCUCCAACGACCUGAUUCGCCACGCCAAGGCGUCCCUGCUCGCGCAAUCCAAACUGGAGAUGUGCGACAAAACGUCCGCGAGCGAGACGCUGGACUGCGACGAGAAAGUCACCCUGCUGCUCUCCAUCGAGCAGGCGCAGCUGCAGGGCACGGAGGCCCUGGAAAUCACGGUGAGCAACGACGAGAAGCAGCUGAAAACGCCGCUGAAGAUCACCUGGUCGAAAACCAAGUCGUACUGGAAGUACCCGCUGCGCUACCUGGAGCAGAUUCCCUCCCGGAUGGUCGAGCACUACGGGACCUCCGCGUCCUGCACGGACGACGUGGGCGGGCAAGGCGCCACCUGCGGGAUCUGCACGGACAGCCGCGGGAACUACAUGAAGUACUCCGAGGGGUUCUGCUGCAUGUGCACGCCGGGCGGGUUUAUCGAGAACACGCGGAACCGCGGCGGAGUGGACUGCGGCGACUUAAUCGACAGCCUGUCGCGGUCCUACCACUGCAUCAAGCCGGACAGCUUGUGGUACGCGGGCUUCGAGGUGGAAACGCCUAUCAUGAUGUACAAUAUCAACAUCCAGGUGCAGCACCAAGAUCUGUCUUUCCAGAACUUGACGAUCUCGCACCUGAACCCCAUCUCCUCGAACAACUACGUCGUUGCGGAGUUGACGGGUAAGACGAACUAAUAUUACAAGGGGACUAGGUUGAAGAAAUUUCUAGCUUUUGAAUUUACAUCUCAUGGAUCAUGCAGAGGUAUUAUUGAAUAAUAGAACUGAACAACGCUACGAGAUCAAAAUUGUUGCUCACCAGGCGACCUGGCAACCGCUCGUCCGCCGAACAAUUUUCAGCAGCAGUACCUGGUGGUGCCCGACCGCUUUUUCGACGGCGGCGGGAAGCUGACCCCCCAUCCGCGGGUGCUACUGUACCCGCACCAUUUGCGGUACGCGAUGUUGCUGGACAAGUCUUUUUUUGAUUUGUCCGGCGAGACCUGCGACCGGAUUGGCGUGGCCUGGGCCGCCUUCAAGUACCAGUCGGAGAUGUGCGAGCGCCCGGUGGGGAGUUGUGUGAAGAACCAAAUCGAGAACUUUCACCAGGAGGACACGCAGCGGGUGGGGGAGAACUACGACCCGCAGGACGAAUCCGGUCAGAAGCCCUUGUAUUUCGUCAGCCGGUACUGCGACGGGUUGAUGGAGGGGACACAGGUGGUGGACGAUGCCGGGUACAUUGUGGACGAGUAUUUCGUCUGCCCGCUAGACGAGCAAAGACAGACCACGAUGGUGCGCUUGGAGCUGAAGGCGGACUCCUUGAAAUUCGUCUCUAGCAUCGGCAAGGCGAAAAUCUACAGUGUCGAAGUGAAAAACUUCGAGGUAAGUGUUACGGGGCUCGGAUUUACAACACAAUAGGAUCAUUUGUUUCUGUUGCGAAAGAUAUUGAUUUUGCUAUGGCGCCUGUCUAUAUUAGAAGUUUACAAUCGGAUGCAUAUUGAAGAAGAUGAAAAAAUACAAUUUCGACAACGACUCGCGCCAACUCUAUCAGGCCUUCUCCGGCGCGGGCACCCUGGAAGCCAAAAUCACCUCGGAGUCUGACUUCCGCGCCCAAUUUUCCCUCGGCAUCAUGUGCAGCACGGGCAUCACUCCCGCGCCCGUUCCCGCCCUGUUUCUCGAAAGGUUUGAGGAGAAGCGGGUGGUGGAAAUCCAGGUAAUGGCCAACAGCAAAGAGGAGCUGGCUGCGGAGUGUACGUUGAAUUUGUUGGACUUGAAGGGCCGACUUCUCGACUCCCGCUCAGCCUCCUUCACGGUGCUGCAGACCCGGGAGAAAUCUUCCCUCGGCCAGCAGCGCGGGCAGACCAACGCCCAGCAAAUGGACCCGAAGGAAUACGGCGACGGGGAGUGCAGCGCGGUCUGCGGUUUUUUCGCGUUCACCUGCCACUUAAAGUACUUUGGGGCCUGCUGGUGGAACUUUUUCCUUGCGUUGGGCGUGAUCGCGCUCUUUCUUGUCGCGGGAUGGUGGCUGGUCACGGGCAGGUGCAACCCGGUCUUGGAAAAGCUGUGCCCAGGUUGGUCUCGUGUAGUUUCAGUGUUGGCGUUUCAUGUUAAUUUUGCAAGAGAGAUCUACAUCUUCUACGUUGCUGGUACAUAAUAUGAGAACGCACCACAUCAUGACGAAAUGAAACAAACAGCUCGCGCGAAACGAAAGCAGCAACGAAAAGAGGAAGAGGACGAGCAGAGGGAGGUAGUGAAGAAAAAGCUCACGGGCACGAGCGGAUUUCAGAUGCAGAGUAGCAACACAAAUCAUCCCAGCAACACUCGUAUGCUCUGCAAAAGUAUCGUAUUGGUAGUAAUUUCAGGCAUGCAUGCUUAGGGAAAAUACGCAUUUACAAAUUCCACUUUUCAUGCUAAAGAUUUUUCGGUCUUUGCCUCAGCCGUUCUGCCGCGUAUGAAUCGCUCCUCACCCGUGGCGAGUCGGUUUUGUGGGUUUUUGCGGUCAUUUUGCAAGCAGCAGACGCUGCCCAAUUUUCAAAACUUGCACGACUUUUUUUCUUUGCCUCAGCCGUUCGGCUGCCUCUGGAUCGCUCCUCACCCGCUGGGAGGCGGUUUUUUGGGUUUUUUCGCUCAUUUUUCAAGCAGCAGACGCUGGCCAAUUUUCAAAAAUUUCGCGAUUUUUUUUCGUUGUCUCCGCCGUUCGGCCGCCUAUAAACCCAUCGCUCCUCACGCGUGGGAGCGCGGAAUUUCGGGCGUUUUUCUGUUAUUUUGCAGGGUGUAGACGCUGCCCAAUUUUUAAAAGUUGCAAGAUUUUUUAUUUUUGCCUCAGCGUCAGCCACUCUGCCGCCUAUGGAUCGCUCCUCCCCCGUGGGGACGCGGUUUUUUGGGUUUUUGCGGCCAUUUGCAAGCAGCAGCUCUAAUAAAAGUUGCAAGAUUUUUUCGAGCUUAGAAACUUGUAUUGCAAUCAUGCCUACUAGUGCGAUACUUUUGCACUGCAUAACUCGUCCUGGCGACAUGCAAGACUUCUUUCUGAAAAUGCAGGCGCUGCAAGAGCAGAACACGUUGCUGCAACUACAGAUCUCGCAGCAAAUCAGGAAGUCGGUCACGAGCAACACGUCGGGGCUCGGAGGCGGAGGACUGGCACCGCAACAAAUCAACCAGAUUGUACAGCAGCCAGGACAGCAGCAGCAACAAAAUAGCGCACUGAACACAAGUAAUCCAACGCUUCUCCAGCUGCAGCCAAUCCAGGAACAGGACGAGAUUUUGAUUGCGAAGCAGACGAAUUUUCUGGGCGGUAACGGUGCCGGAUUGGUCGGGCGUAGCGGAAUCAUGCCUCUGCAGCAGCCUGCUGGAGUACAACAGCGACCAACGCAAAUGCAGGGGCAACUACAGGGCGGUUACAACACCGACCACCCUGCGACGCUAAUAAACCCGCAGCCUUCGUCUGUGCAGCAGCAGCAUCAGCCACAGCCGGCUCAUCUACCGCAAAUCGGAUCUGCACCCCAGCAGCAGGUCGUGAUGAAUACGCCGCAGCAAACCACGCCGCAGCUCUCAUUCGGGCAAAAACAGCAGCAACAUUUAUUGUCUCCACCAAACAAUAUCCGGCAGCAACAGCAGCAGUUUUCAUCUCCUGGUGCCGUGAUUAAUACAGGUAACAAUUUGCAAAUUCCAGUUCUGACCGCACAGUACAACGACGGGCAGAGGUCGGACGGGGGAGAUUCGCGAGCUACGAGGCAAAGUUAUUACGAAAGCCCGAUAAUAUCAGGUCCUGGGUAUUUUGGAGAACAAACGACGAUAUCAGCACCAUCAGCAGCUCAGGUGCAAAAUGCAGUGCCUCCGCGGCAGAAUGUUCAGAUGAACCAACGAAAUUUUAGUAGUACUGGGACCUACAACGCAAAAGGCGGGAAAAUGAAUUACGAGCCAACCUCACCGUCUAUUGAGCAACUGGCGCAGCAGCAGCAUCCUCUGCAGCAGGCGGCUCUGCAACAACACUCGGCUUCAGCACAGGAUUCUCCGUCUAUGCAACAGUCCCCCUCGAUUCAACUGGUGUCGUCAACAGCGCAAAACGAAUUUUCUCCUUCUGUGCAACCAUCUCCGUCCUUGCAGGUGAGGCCAGUUGAUUUAAUAAAUCCCGGCGCCAGGAGUCCUCGUCCUAUGGCGCAGAGCAGCCCGUCGCCGUCUCUCUCCGUAGUAUCACCUUCCGCAGUAGCAGUACCACCUUCCCCGGCACGCCCCCGGCCAAUGUCGGUGGCUGCGGGGAAUUCCAAGCAGGGGAAACAAGGCGGGGGGCAGAUCCUGGGCAACAAAAACCUUCCACAAAAAUUGCCGCUGGGAGUGAAAGCGGGAGGAAAAACGAUCAAAGGCAGUCUUGGUUCUGGUGCAAAACCAGGCACCGGUAGUUCUGCUGCACCUGCUUCGGGUGUGAGUCCUCUGAGCGCUGCGGGUAAGAACAAUCCAGCAUUUCUACCUGCGGCGAGAGCGCCAAGCAUGAUUAACGCGGAGGGAAAAUCUGGAAAAGAUUUUUACGGAGGAGCUGCGCGGAAAGGCGCAGCAAUGAAUGGGAAGAGUGAGCAGGAGUUUAUGUUGGCGAAGGCACGCAUGCAGAUGAGUGUCAAGGGAGGAGGGGGGAAAGGAUAG